AUGAAUGGUGGCAACUUGAAGAAACAUCGUGUGCUUAAGGAUGAUAAUUCAUUGAAAUGGUUAAAUCUUCCUCCAGAAAUAUGGUUAGUUAUAAUAUCCAAAAACCUAAACAAUACAUUUGAUGUUAUUCGAUUCCGUAGUGUUUGUAGUGUAUGGCGAUCUCUUAUUCCUCCUAGGUUUUUGUCUUCCUCUUGCACACAUUUAAUUCCAGAUGGUAAAUUUUUGCUAUUCAUCCAAACUAAAAUAUAUUGGCUAGAAUCUUCAUGUUUGUCUAAUAAAGGGUACAUCAUAAAGGUUGAAGAAUCAAAAUCGGGGAAAUUUCGUCACUUAGAUGUUUUGACCAACACUCACAUCUCACAUAAACAUCCGUUUAAUGUGAUAGAUUUGAUGAACUUGCGAGUUAAGGAAUUGUGUCAAUCAUAUACUAUCAAUUAUUCUAAAGAUGGAGGUGACUUUACUAAAUUCAAGCCUCUUGAUGAAGUUUAUAAAGUAGUGUUGUUUCAUGAGGAGGGUUUAGGUCAAAUGGUGUUUGCCCUAUAUAAAGAUCGAAAAUUGCAUGUUUCAAAUAUUGAUUAUAACAAUUUUAUGAUAGUGGAUGAUGGGAGUAGAGUUUAUGAUGAUAUAAUUCUACAUAUGGGAAAGAUUUAUGUCGUGGAUAAUAGUGGAAUUAUUUUUUGGAUCGAUUGUUCAUCUUUUAAGUUGGUUCAGUAUUCACCGUCUUUAAAUUCUGAUGGUUUAAAGAAAAAGAAUUUGGUGACAUCAAAGAGAAGUCUCUUUGUGGUUGAAUUGUAUUUGAAAAGAACUAAAGGGAAUAUUUGCAAAUUAUACAUUGAUGUCAAUCUUUUAAGGGUUGGUGAAAAUUCAAGUGAGUGGAUUUGUGUUAGAGACUUGGGUGAUGCUUUGUUUGUUUUGGGCAAAGACUCAAACUUUUCAUUGAUAGCUGAAGAUUAUCAUGGAUUUGAAAGGAGUUGCAUCUACUUCGACUGUAAAGGGAAGACUUCUUGUUACAAUUUGAAGACUUCAAGACUUAAGAUUGUUGAUGGCAUAUUUGGAUCUUGUCCAACUUUGUUCAAGUGUGGCAAUAAAAAUUGA